AGGGGCUGCCCCAGGCUUGGGGUGCGCAGAGCACCGGUGGGAUGGAGAAGAGCAGCUACCCCAUGGCCAAGUUCGGUCUGGAGGCCAAAGAAGUGAUGCCCAAGCGGGACUGUGGGUUUUACGUGAAGUACAUCUUCCUCUUCACCUCCCUCAUUCAGUUCCUCAUCAUCCUGGGGCUGGUGCUGUUCAUGGUGUAUGGCAAUGCGCAGGCGGGCACUGACACGCACCUCCGGCUGCUGGAGGAGCAGCUCCAGGAUCGCUACAGCAAGAUCAUUGCCCUCGGCGAGAGGAACAUCAACCUGACCCGCACGCUCAAUGCCACCCUCAAGGAGAAGCAGAGCCUGCAGGCCCUCGCCCAGAAGGUGCAACGGGAGCUGGAGAAGUGCAACAGCUCCCAGACUCCCAACCCCAUCCCCAAGCUGCAGGAGAUGAUGAAGAUCAUCUUCUACCAGAAGACAAAGCUGGACGAGUGCCACAUGACCAUCGGCCUCAUCAACGCCAGCUGCAGCACUGAUAAGGUGCUGCUGCGGAGCCAACUGGACCAGGCAGCCCAGGCCAAGAAGGAGCAGGAGGAGAACUGCCGCAAAGAGGGUGCUUUGCUGAGCAAAGCCACAGCAGAGCAGGAGAGCUGCCAACAGGAGCUGUACAACAGCCGGAGCCUCCUCGAGUCCACCCGGCACAACCUGGAGCUGCACAAGCAGGAGUGCAGCACCCUGAGGUCCGACAUCAGCUACUCCUUCCAGCGCAUCAAGGAGAUGCUCAGCCCCUACAGCUGCACCGCGGUCCAUGACCAGCUCAACUGGUUGACGCAGCGCACGGAGCGGCUGUUCCUCUGGCAGCAGGACCGGGACACCAAGUACGUGGGGAAAAGCGUGUGCGAGGCGAGCCUGAGCCAGUGUCACCAGAACUGCUCCAGGGAGAAGCACGAGCUGGAGAAGCGGCUGCAGGACAGUGAGAAGCAGGUCAAGGGAGGCCAGGAGGAGAAGAAGAAGCUGCUGGCAGAGAAGGAGCAGCUUGGCAAGGAGCUGGAGGAGAAGAGCAAAGCUGCCGCACAGGCUUGGUACUUCAAGGACCAGCUCAGCAUCUGCAUGGGCUCCAAGAUGGACACCUUCUUCGACAUCACGGGCUCCCGGGUGCGGCCGGGACCCUUCACCAGCACAAGCGCCUUUGUGGAUGCUCUGCGGAACCAGGGCAUCUUCGGGAAUAUGGGCAAGAUCAACGCGGAGGAGAUCCAGCGCUCGGUGCAGAAGAUCAUGGAGCAGUACACAUCCACCCUCAAGAUCCCCAGUGGCUAACAGCGGAGCAGCACAUGGAUAAUAGCAGCGAGGGGCUCCAGGACCAGCCCAGGCAGCACUUCCCGCAGCACAGACGGCAAAUCCCAGCCAGGAGCAAGCGGGAAGCCCUUGGCCUUCCCCCCCCAGCGCAGCGGGAGCCAGGACCACCCUUCCAUGUCUCUUUCCCUGUAUCCCUGCGCUCAUCCCAUCCCGCACGCUCACCCUCCCCCUGCAUGUACUUGGCAGCUGUAAAUAGAGCCAGCCCUGAGCACCAA